GCAUCGGGCCCGCAUAUAUACCUACGUAUUAUACACACGAGAACAAGAAUAAGAAUCGCGAGCGCAGUUUCGGUUUCGCGCGAGCUGGCCCAUUGCGGACUCGUAUCGAUUCCGGUAUAUUAGUCGACGCUUCGAAGCUGCCAUUACGGUCGAGCUAAUAUAGCGCUGUAGCGGUGGACUGCACUGGCGUCGAGCGAAGAAAAAGGCAAUGCAGCCGAAGCCGUCCACUCGGCAGAUAAUGAGCCUAACUGCGCCGCCUGAUCGUCCGUGCCACUACGAUGACUACUACGAUUACCCCGAUUACCAGGAGGAUCGCAAUUUGCAAUCGUUGCUCUCUACUGCUGCUGCCGCUACUCGUGCUGCUGCUUGGCUCCCUAGUCGUCGUCGCUUCUGCCCAGCCUCACUACGUUUCCCUGGAAGAUCGAGCGAAAAGCAUCAGCAGCAGCAGCAGCGGUGCAGGCGAGGCUGGCGGUGGCGGCAACAAAAAUGCCCAUGAAAAUAGGGAGCAACUGCCGGUCUUUGAGCAGACGGCGUCCAACGUCACCGCGUUCGAGGGUCAGACCGUCUAUUUGCCCUGCCGAGUGCACAAUCUGGCCGACAGAUACCAAGUCUCCUGGAUGAGAAGCAGAGACCUGCACAUCUUGAGCUUCGCCAGCGUCAUGUACAUCUCGGACCGGCGCUUCAAGCUGCAGCAUCUGAACGGCAGCGACGCCUGGACUCUGCAGCUCGAUCGCGUCCGCAAGUCCGACGCCGGCAGGUACGAGUGCCAAGUCAACAGCGAGCCCAAAAUCAUGUACGCCGUGCAGCUCGCCGUCAAAGAUCCUAACAAUCCAGACGAAGGCGAGCCCCAGUCUCAGCAAAGCAGGAUAAGUUUCGAGAGCACCGCACCGGUCGCCGCCAUCCUCGGUCCGAGGGAGCUCAGACUGGCCGCGGGAUCGACCAUCAGCUUCAAGUGCAUCGUCACCUCGCCCUACCUCACGAGGCCCAUCAAGGCCGUCCAGUGGCUCAAGGACAACAGACUGCUCACAUUCCAGGUUAAUUCAUGCCUUACAAAAUCCGAGCGAGGAGGCAUAAACGUCGAGACGGUAGCCAACACGGCGCAGACUCUCAGCGAAGCCACACUGGCGAAUCUUGGCAAGCAGGACAGCGGCAAGUAUACCUGCCGACCCAACGAAGGCAAAGCCGACUCGGUACUGCUCUACGUUCAAGACGGCGAGCUUACGGAAGCCAUGCUCAGGGAUGCCGCCGGCUACUCCGCUUCUGCCUCUUCCGUUUCGAUCUCGGCUCGAUUCUUAGCCACUGCUGCCGCCGUCCUUGCUGCUCUUCUCGGCUUUUAGCUUCUGACCGUUUAUUUCUUUUGUACAUAUAUAACGUAUCGUCGUUCUAGUUAUAGCUACUCGUAUCAUUUUAAUACAC